GCCACUUCUUUACAUUCAUUACACCCAUUACUACAAAACCACCUUUUAAUCCUCUUUACAAAUAGCCCCCUGUUACUUCAAGACCCAGAUCAAUGGCUCCGAGCGACGUGAAGGUUCUGGGCGCGGCGCCGAGCCCGUAUGUGAACCGGGUUCAGAUCGCCCUCAAUUUGAAACAUGUCGACUACGAGUUUCUCGAGGAGACGUUUGGGUCCAAGAGUGAGCUACUGUUGAAAUCGAACCCGGUUCACAAGAAAAUCCCGGUUAUGAUUCAUGGGGGAAAACCCAUUUGUGAGUCACUUAUCAUUGUGCAGUACAUUGACGAGGUGUGGACCGAUGGCCCGAGUAUUCUCGCUUCGGAUCCGUACGAUCAGGCCAUGGCCCGGUUCUGGGCUGCCUAUGUUGAUGAGAAGUGGUGGCCGACACUCUGGGGGGUUCGGAACUUGGAGGAAGACGAGGCAAAAGCGGCAGCACUAGAGCAAGUUAUGGAAGGGACGAUGCUGUUGGAGGAUGCUUUUGUCAAAUGUGGCAAAGGGAAGGACUUCUUCGGUGGUGACACAAUCGGGUACCUCGAUAUAGCCCUUGGGAGCUUCUUGGGGUGGGUGAGAGCGUCCGAGAAGAUGGCCAAUAUAAAGCUGCUCGAUGAAACCAAGACCCCUGGGCUGUUUGGAUGGGCCGAGAGGUUUGGUUCAAAUGCUGCUGUGAAGGAUGUUAUUCCGGAAACAGAGAGGCUUGUGGAGCUUCUCAAGAUGUUAGCUGCCAGAGCUAAAGCUCAGUAAUUUCCCCAAUUAGGUUGUCACCAAGUCAAUAAUUUGGGCCAUGUAGAUUGCUCAAGUUGGUCUCUUUUUCUUUGUUUUUCUUUUCGAUUUCUUUUUGUUUUGGUUCGGAGUUUUGUAAUUCAAUAAGCAGUAUUGUUAUUAGCAAUUUUUGGAGUUGCUUUAUAGCUUUUUCGUUUUGCUAUUCAGAGAGUUUGUGCCAGAGUGCUGUUUUCAUUUUUUGAUGUAACUCAUACCAAAUAGAAAAUGGUUAUUUUUUAUAGGGUUGUGAUUAGACCUUUGUAGUAGUUUUAGAUGUUUUCCGA